GAAGCAUAACAAAAACCAGUAAAAUAUAACAACCAACCAAACAUGAUACAAUGAACAUUUCAACCAGAUAGAUAGAUAGAUAAUCAAUUAAUCAUCAAUUAUGAUGAACCUGACUUCCACUAUUUGACUCUCUAUCUAUCUUCUCCAUCUUCCUUCUCUCUCUCUCUUCUCUCAGAAUCAUCACAGUGCAUUUCACCUUUUUAUCAGAACCUCUCUAGUCUCUACCUUUUUCCCUUCAUACCCACCAAGAAAUAAUCAAAUUUUCUUCAUCCCCAUAAGAAAAAGAUUGAAAAUUUGCCCUCAAUCAACGCAAUCACAACGCUUAAAGCCUUAAACCACUCACCCACUCUUUCUCUCUCUACUAAUACUCUUAUCCUCUGAACCUUGAAGCUUUUCAUUGUGAAUUCCGCAUCUGAAUGGCGAUUAUACGGAGCUUAAUCCAGGACAUGAGAUCGAGGUCUCAGAGGGUGGUGGUGGAGGAGGAGUCUGCGGCGGUGGAGGUGGUCGGUGAUGGGUUGAGGCAGAGCUGUUGGGCUAACAUGCCGCAGGAGCUUCUCCGUGAGGUGCUUCUCCGAAUCGAGGCGUCGGAGGAGAAGUGGCCGGCGAGGAAGAGUGUGGUGGCGUGUGCUGGAGUUUGCCGGAGCUGGAGGGAGAUCACCAAGGACAUCGUUAAGAAACCUGAGUUUUCAUCCAAGUUAACCUUCCCCAUCUCUGUUAAGCAGCCUGGUCCAAGGGAAAAUCUCCUCCAGUGCUUUAUAAGCCGCAACCGGACCACUCAAACAUAUUAUUUGUAUCUCAAUUUAACUAGUGCACUAUGUGAUGAUGGAAAGUUCCUUCUUGCUGCACGCAAAUGCAGGCGUCCCACCUGCACAGAUUAUAUAAUGUCUUUACAUGCAGAUGAUAUGUCAAGGGGAAGCAACACCUAUGUUGGGAAACUCAGAUCAAAUUUUCUGGGAACCAAGUUCACAAUCUAUGAUGGCCAGCCACCUCAUGCAGGGGCAAAGAUUACAAAAAGUCGCUCCACUAGGCUGGUGAAUCUAAAACAAGUUUCACCCAAGGUCCCAACAGGAAACUAUCCAAUAGCUCACAUCUCAUACGAAUUGAAUGUGCUAGGUUCCAGGGGGCCUAGGCGAAUGCACUGUGUCAUGGAUUCCAUUCCGACCUCUGCAAUUGAACCAGGAGGGGUAGCCCCUACACAGACCGAAUUUUCUCUUAACAACGUAGAUAUGUUCCCCUCAUUCCCCUUUUUCAGAUCAAAGUCAAGUCGUGCCGAAAACUUGUCUGGACCUCUGGCUGAUCAAAAGGAUGGGACACUCGUGUUGAAAAAAAAGGCUCCCAGGUGGCACGAGCAGCUGCAGUGUUGGUGCUUAAACUUUCAUGGGCGGGUAACAGUUGCCUCCGUGAAAAACUUUCAGCUUGUGGCUUCUGCAGAAAAUGGACCUGCCGGACCAGAACAUGAUAAGAUUAUCCUACAAUUUGGGAAAAUUGGGAAGGAUUUGUUUACAAUGGAUUACCGGUACCUUAUCUCAGCAUUUCAGGCAUUUGCAAUCUGCCUCAGCAGCUUUGAUACCAAGAUUGCUUGUGAAUGACGUGUAUAGACAGCUUCAAUCCACAAUGAUAUUGCUGUUUCUCUAUGGCUGGUAGAAAACCAUGGUUUGAAGGUCGCAUGUCAUGUCGGGAAGCAAUCUUGGAAAAUGUUUGGGAAGGUGGAUUGAUGGUGUUGAACUGAAUCUGACAAAGACAGUGUUGCACAUUGAUUGUUUUAGUUAGUUUCUGCAAUCAUGAUUCAUCCAUUCUGGGAAGAUCCUUGAAAUACUUGAAACAUCUUUUAUCCCCUCUUCUUCCCAAUUUGUUUAUUCUGGUCACCUUGUGCAUAAAUACUCUCACAUUGUUUAUCUUCUCUGCUUUUAACAUUUGUAUGUUUUCAAUUUUCAA